CAGGCAACUAAAGCCCCACGUGUGUCCCGUGUGACCAGAGUCUGGCCAGUGGAAGGGUGCAGAGUGUUAGCGAGUGAAGAAGAGUGACCAGUCAUCAUGCAGUUUGACUCAUCUGCCUUGCAGCAGAGACAAGAGAAGGGAGUCUCUUGGCUCCAUUGAUUCUGUCUGUCAUCUGACUUCUCAGGGGAAGGACCACAUACUCUAAUGAGGGGUUCCAGACACUGGAGAUACCUGAAGAUCAGGAGAAAACAUGCUGACAGCUCUCUCCUUGAGAAGUCUGCCUCCCUUCCUCACUCCUUGGGGGCACUAUAUAUGCAUUGUGUGGCAGCCUGGUUUAUUAUCUCUUCUUGCAACCGGUAGAAAAGUGAGGCAGGGAGGCUCAAAAGACUCACUGGGGGCUACCAGGGAGCCAGAUGUUCAGCUGGAAAUAGAAACCAAGAGCUCCAGGAAAUCCAGACAGCCUGAGUGGGCCCUUUAAUCUCUGGACCCUUCUGUGUCUUUUAGACAAUAAGCCUUUCCUUGAAAGAGUUUUUUUUUGCCCCCUAAGGACAGGGCUGCCGGCUCUCCUCCAGGAUGUUGUAAAAAGGUGACAUUUAACAGUGGAAAUUGAAACCCUAAUUGACUUCUCCUGCGGCAGAAAAAGAAGUGCCCUGUGUUCUAUCUCUUGGCCCAAUGUUUGUAAUUGUCCCCUCGGGGUUCUACCUUGAGGGGAGCUGAAGAGGCAAAAUACAACAGUUCAUUGGAAUUGGUGGUUACACACUUGAGAUUUGUUUCUCCUGUGCAGUGGAAGCUGUGGAGGGGGCCAUUCAAGCAGACAGAGACUCCACGUCACUCGACCCCAAGUUGAAGCUGCCCCUGAAUCUCUUGCAGUGAUAAAUAAAGAGGUGAGUUCUCCAUUUCCAGAGCUGGGUGAAUGAGGGGGCUGUGAUUAUUUGGCUUAGCUGUGUUACCUCCUUUGGCUAGUGGAACUUUAACAGAAACAUGAGCAGAGUCUUGGCACGUACUUGUGCAGGCGGUCUUGCCUUCUUGUAUUGUGGUCUUCAUGGUGAGAAGAACCUGCCCCUGGGAGCCUGCUGAUCAAGCAGAAUGAGAGACACAGGGCCUGGAGCCUAGGCCAGUGGACCCCCACCAGACUGGCCAAUCCCUAACCUCUCUGAAGCCAUGUAAGCAAGAAAUAAUUGCUUAUUAUUGUGAGCCUCUGAGAUGUGAUGGUUUGUUAUGCAGUACUUUAUGUUAUAGAUGACUGAUAACAAGGCUGCCGAAUAGAGAAGUAGAGAGAGAUCCUUCAUGUGCUAUGGGACAAAAUUUCUGUGUGUUCAACUUGGAAUCGUCACAUAACCAGCACUUAGUAACUAAGAGGAACUGAGUUCAACAGGGUGAUUGUAUUUCAUAUGUUUAAAAAGAAUGGUGUGAACCAUACUGUGUAUUCUGAAUGUCUGGCCUGCCUUCUAAAUGACUGUAACUUUUAUGAAUCCUUUUCUAAUAGCCUUUCCCCCAUCUUUUCACCAGUCAGUUUGUUGACAUCUACCUAUAAUUCAGUACUAGGCUGAUUCAUGGACACUCAUCUACCCCCCCCCCCCCCCCCCACCUAGAUUCUACCGUAUUCUGCUGUAUUUGUUUUGUUACAUGUCUAUGUAUCCAUCCAUCAAUCCAUCUUAUCUUUUAUUGCAUUUCGAAACAAGUUGCAAGCGUGAGUACACAUCACUCUGUGGAGAAUUUUGACAGAUGUAUAUACCCAUCACCCCUGAGUUUCUUCGUGCCAUUUCCCAGUUAAUCUCACCCUCACACCCCAGAGUAAAGAUUCUUUUGAUUUUUUUUCCAUUAUAGAUUAGUUUUGCCAGUUUUAGAACUUCAUGUUUGUUGUUCUUCAGUCACUAAGUCCUGUCCAACUCUUUGCGACCCCAUGGACCUCAGCACGCCAGACUUCUCUGUCCUUCACUACCUCCCAGAGUUGUCUCAAACUCAUGUCCAUUGAGUCGGUGAUUCUAUCUAAUCAUCUCGUCCUCUGCCACCCCCUUCUCCUAAAGGGAAUCAUAUAUUAUGCAGCCUUUUGGCAUAACAUUUUUGAUAUUCAUUCCUGUUGUGUCUAUCAGUAAAGGUCCUCAUUUUUAAAUGGGUAAUUACAAGAUCUUUACAGACUCUCUUAACCAUCAGCUUUCGGGCUUCUGUGAUGUGUCCACAGUUACAGUGACCACAGUUAAAUAACACACUGUACCAAAAACAUCCUUCUGAGAUAGGCACAGUUCCUGCUUGUCUGGCAGAGAUCUUGUUCUUUGGUUUGCACCCCUGGCCCUCUCCUUGUUCAGGGUUGAUGAAUCUUUCAAAACAGCCAGGGGAACUUACCAGGAUUUGUUCCAUAGGCACAGUGCUCUUGAUGUACUGAGUUCAGUAAGACCUAGGGGCUGACCCAGCUCUUGCGACUGACUGCAUCAGACUUUUCUCCAGGGGGGUUGUCAGGGUUUCCAAACCGUGUGUCAGAGGGAGUGGCUGGGGACACGGCGAGUUGUCCUUCUUACUUUGCUUUGCUCUGCUCUGACGGGGUGACCAGAGUCCACAGCAGUGAGUGGGAAAGAAGGAAAGAAAAUGAGAAUAAAAUGACACUUCCUCCACCGUAGCUAGAUGCCAGUGCUCAGCCUGUUGGGCCACUUUAUCCUUAGAGUUAGUUUGAGGCUUUUUUUUUUUUCCCCAAACUUUAAACUUUUUAUUUUAUAUUGGGGUAUAGCCAAAUAACAAUGUUGUGAUAGUUUCAGGUAAACAGUGAAGGAACUCAGCCAUCCAUGUACAGGUAUCUGUUCUCCCCCAAACCCCCACUCCCACCCAGGCUGGCAUAUGACAUUGAGCAGAGUUCCCUGUGCUAUAUGACAGGUCCUUGUUGGUUAUCCAUUGUAAAUAUAGCAGUGUGUACAUGAAUUUUGUUUAUAAAAAUCAAAGUACUCAAUGUGGCUCCAGCUUUGCUCCCGAACAACUUAGUGGAGCUAGAACUAUGUUUUCCAGAAUUCCCAUCCCCGUAGACUUCAGGGUGAGCACAGGGUGCUGACCUCCGCUGAGCCUUGAGAGGCAGAAAUGACACAGCACGGAGUCUUUCUACUGGAGGAAAAUGUGGGUGCGGCUACCCAGGUGCUGUAGACCUGUAGGAGCAUCUGGGGUCCGCUGGCUCGCCUGGUUGGUCACUUCACGGGCUUCCUUGUCUGCCCACUGCUUCCCUGACCUCUGGGCUGGGCUGCCGCUCAGCUACCCUCAGGCCCUGCCCAGACGCAAGCAGCGGCUGCAGGGAAACUAUGUAACCAGCUUCUUCCCCGACAUGAGGAAGUUCGCAUCCCUCUAACAGGUCCCUGGCCUGUGUCAUUCUUACCCCUGCCUCUCAGGGGACUCCUGAGGGGACACCUACCUCAGAGGAUGAGUGCCAUUCACUCUUAGUUCCUCCUUUUGUUUCUCUAGCACCUCUAUUGGGUUCCACGUUCCUCCAGGCAGCCCCAAAGUUAGGGAAAGGUGGCUGAGUCUGGCCUCAAAGGUGACUCUGUGAACCUCUGGACUGAAAAAAAGAGAAAAGCACAACCUAAAACUUGAGAACCAUAAGCUGGGAAGACAGCCUCUCAGAUGGCCCUGAGGGACAGCUUUGAAGAGGAGCCAGGAUAUAUAGGAGUUCUGUGUGUGUGCUCAGGCAUGUUCGACUCUUUGUAGCCCGCCUAUAGCCCGCCAGGCUCCUCUGUCCAUAGGAUUCUCCAGGCAAGAAUACUGGAGUGCAUAGCCACUCCCUUCUCCAGGGAAUCUUCCUGACCCAGAGAUCAAACCCAGGUCUCCUACACUGCAGGCAGAUUCUUUACCAUCUGAGCUAGCAGGGAAGUCCAAUAAAGUUAGUUGCUCAGUCGUGUCUGACUCUAUGUGACCCCAUGGACUGGGGCCCACCAGGCUUCUCUGUUCAUGGAAUUCUUCAGGCAAGAAUACUGGAGUGGGUAGUCAUUCUCUUCUCCAGGGGAAUCUUCCCAACAUAGGGAUAGAAUCUGGGUCUCCUGCAUUGCUGGCAGAUUCUUUACUGGCUGAGCCACCACAAAAGAAACAAAAACAAAACCCUGUAGUGGAACAUCAGAAUGUUACUGUUCAUUAAGAAAACAUGACACCGCAAGUUAAUGACUUUAGCUGCUUUUCUGUGUUUGGGAAGAUGGGAGAUUCUGGGCUCACUGAAAUCAUUGCUUUGGUCUGCACCCCAGCUAUCUAGGGCCAGUAUCCUGCUUUUCUCUAUCCUGAAUCCCCUCAGAGCACACACUAAGGGGUGGCUGAGGGCUUAAUGGCCACAAUACCUUUGGUUUACUGAUCUGACAGGUGACAUUUUUCAGCCACAGACAGAAGCUGAUCCUGCCAAGGGUGAUAAGCAUGGUCCUGGCCGUGAGACAGGCAUGAAGUUGCUGAAAGACUUGGGGAGAAUAGGCCCUUCUGGUAAAGAGUACAUGUAGGAGAAGGUGGCUCAUUUUGUUGUUCUACUGAAUGAUGCCCCAAAGUGUUGCCUCCACAAGGGUCACUGACCUUAGAGGACUGUCUAGCAGGAUAAUGGAAGGAGGGACCUUGGGUGCUUGAAGACUCACUGAGCUGCUCAAGGAACCAACCCUGGAGUGGCCAGCUCCUCCUGCUUGUCUGGGACUUGCUGGCUUUAGCACUGAAGGUCAUAUCUCCUGGGAAACCCCUCGGUCAUGGAAAACCCCAGUCCAGAGCUGUGCCCCGUGGUUGGUCCCUCUAGCCCCACCUCAGGACUUCUUUAAUGGGAGAUCACAGUUCUCGUCACGGGAAGGGAGACUGUGAAGUUGAAGGGUUGAAGCCUGUAGAAUUGUGGCUGUUCUUGGUGCUCAUAGCUGAGAACAUCCUGAAUGAUAUGAGGCAGUAAAAGAACUCGGCUUUUGUUUUUGACAGUGAAGUGAAAAGUGAAAGUGAAAGUCACUCAGUUGUGUCUGACUCUUUGUGACCCUGUGGACUAUACAGUCCAUGGAAUUCUCCAGGCCAGAAUACUGGGGUGGGUAGCCUUUCCCUUCUCCAGGAGAUCUUCCCAAUCCAGGGAUUGAACCCACGUCUCUCACAUUGCAGGUGGAUUCUUUACCGGCUGAGCCUUGGUCUGUGACAGCGGUCAUAAAGAGGUAUUCUGAAAAACAUUUUGAAUAAUGUCAGGAACGUCAGAAAAAUGCAUCACUUUUCUUAGAAACUUUAUCUGUUAUUUUAUUCACAAUCAGUUUUAUUAAUUUUGGGCAGGCAUAUCUUACACAUUUUAUCUAAAUUAAAAAGUUACCACUUGGGCAUGCAUAUAACGUAUGGAAAGAUAAAUACAACUGUUUUACUUUAACUAUUUGCCUGUCUUCGGCCCUGUCUUCAGCUGGAAUAGGAAUGCCCUUACACUGGCCAGUGAUGCCUUUUGGGAGGGAUGAUCUCUGUUCUAUGUAUAUAUAAUCUAAGUUACUGGGACUUUACAAAUAUAUUUGUACAUGAGUUUGGUAUAGUGCAGUAACUCUUUUUCCAGUGAGAAAGGCUUUCAGGGCUUGGCACUGUCUUCCUGUGGGCGUGGUGGAUUAAUAUUAUUGAUCUUCGCCCUUUUCUGGGUGUACACAGGUCUUAGCUUGGGCUGCUGUCAUAAAAAUACCAUGAACUGUGUGGCUUAUAAACAACAGAAAUUUAUUUCUUAUGGUUCUGGAGGCUGGAGUCCCAGAUCAGGGUGCCAGCCUCUUGGGAGAGCUCUGUUCCAGGUUACAGACUGUGGACUUCUCACUGUAUCCUCAAGUUAGGGAGGAGAGAGGGGAUGCAAGUUCUCCUGUGACUCUUAUUAGGGCAUUAACCACACUCAUGAGGGCUUCCGCCUUAUGACCUCAUCUAGUCCUGAUCACCUCUCACUUCCUAAACCAUCACAUUGUGGGGUUAGUGUUUCAGCAUGUGAAUUUGGAGAUUAUACAGACUUCUUUAUCCAUUCAUCUAUCAGCGGAUGUUCAGGUUACUUCCAUGCCUUCAUAUGACCAGGGAUCGAACCCUGGUCUCCUGCAUUGCAGGGAGAUUCUUUACCAUCUAAGCCAUCAGGGAAGCAUGGCACCCCACUCCAGUAUUCUUGCCUGGAGAAUCCCAUGGACAGAGGAGCCAGGCCAGUUACAGUCCAUGGGGUCGCACAAAGUCCGACACCACAGAAGCAACUUAACACGUCUUGGCUAUUGUAAACAGUGCUGCAGUGAACAUUGGGUAAAUAUAUCUUUUCAAUUAGAGGUUUCAUCUUUUCUGGAUAUAUGCCCAAGAGUGAGAUUGCUAGAUUAUAUGGUAGAUCUGUUUUUAGUUUUUUAGGGAAACUGUACUGUUUUCCACAGUGGCUGCACCAGUUUACAUUCCCACCAACAGUGUAGGAGGCUUCUUUCCCCCCACACCUUUGCCAGUACUUAUUAUUGUUGCUGUUUAGUCCCUAAGUCGUGUCCGACUCUUUUGUGACCCCAUGGACUGUGGCCCACCAGGCUCCUCUGUCCAUGGAAUUUCCCAGGCAAGAACACUAGAGUGGGUUGUCACUUCCUUCUUCUGUCACUUCUGUUUAAACCUGGCUGCCCUACAACUCACUGGGUGGCUUUGGAAAGUCAUUUCACUUCUCCUUGCUUUGGCUUCCUCAUCUGUAAAAUGAGGAUUAUACCAGUACCCACCUCAGACAGUUAUAUGGAGAGUUAACUGUGUUGAUAAAAUACACGUGCAGUGCCUACAGCAGUGUUGUGGCUCGGAGUGAGGGCUGUGAUAGUGUCUGCAGUUAUCCUGUGAAACCAGCAGUGUCUUCUGCUGACCUCAGGGAUAUUUGUUUCUUUCCUUUUCCCCCCUCUCACUCUGCUUCUGGAAGCUUCUAGCGCAGGUCCUGGUGCUGAGUCCUCUUCCACCAGCUGUUUUAUUCUAAGUUUUUCCCGCUCCCCAGUAGGCAGUUGAAGCACCAGGAUCUGGACCUUAAGGAUCUCUACUUUUGAAAGAAUCAGAAUGAGUGCUCUCUCAGUUAGGACUGUUGAAAAGACAGGGCUCAUGUCACCAGAGAACCUUCUGUGGGCCCGUUUCCUUUAUUCCCAGCCUGGGGUCCAGACCUUUCUGGGCUGGGCCUGUGGGACCUUGUGGUUUAGGGGAGUGGUGGUGUGGGUCUGUGUCACAAUGACCUGGCCGAGCCCUAACCCCGUGUCACAUGUUUAGCACCCGUUCAGCCAAUGAGACUGUGGCACAUACAUGCAGCCUGAGUCCCCGCUUGGCCUUGCCUUUGAUGUCACAAUCUGACCUUGUGCAUAUUAACCUGGCCGCAGCUGCUCACACACCAGUCGGCAAGGUCAGGAGGACCAGUGCAGUAGGAUGUGGAAGAGAAUUGACCAUCAGCUCAAGAUCAAGGCAGGGGACGGGCCUCAGGCAGGCCAGUUCAAGGAACUGGGUCCUGGUCGAGAACCCGCCGUGCCACACCCUCUCUCGCUGUCAGAAUUCCAGACCGUCCCAGUGUUUGAGGACAUCAGCCAGCAUGUCAAAGAAGUGGGGGACCAGCUGGUGAAGAAAGUCAACGCCAUCUUCCAGCUGGACAUCACCAAAGAUGGGAAGACUGUCCACCAGUGGACCAUUGAUCUGAAGAACGGCUCUGGGGACACGUAUCUAGGACCUGCCAGGCUCCCAGCGGACACCAUCUUCACAAUCCCCGAGCCUGUCUUCAUGGAGUUAAUUUUGGGCAAAAUGAACCCUCAGAAGGCUUUUCUUGCCGGCAAGUUCAAAGUGAGCGGCAAAGUUCUGCUUGGCCAGAAGCUGGAGAGAGUUUUCAAGGACUGGGCUAAGUGGUAAGCCUGCCGAAAUACCAGGAAAAGGAGCAGACCUUCUCUCCGAUUAUAAUGUCAAGCAGCAAUCAUGCUUAAGCUGAAGAUUAAAACAAAAAGUAUUCAAUAUUUUUACUCAAAUUCUUCCUAUUCAAGUUUGAUUAAUGUUCCUGCUGAUGUGUUAAUUUGGAGCGAGGGUUCUAGAGCAGUAAAGAGAGUUGCAGUGUAUCACCUAAAAUCUUUGUCUUUUUCUUUCCUUAGAUUUAUUUGUCAUAAUUUGCUAGGGUGAAAGCCCCAGGUAGACACACAGGUGGUUUUGACAGCUGGGUUUAAAUGCUUCAGUGAUUGAGUUCCUAGAACUUUCGUUUUGUUUGGAGUCUGGUCUUUGGGAAUGAAGUGAUGACCAUCACUUUGCAUUUCUGCAUUCCAGUUGGCAGCCUGACUCUUUGAGACUUUAACACAGGGUUGCAGUGUUCUAAAAGGGUGAGCUCCUGGUGGGUCAGAUGGUAAAGAAUCUGCCUGCAGUGCAGGAGUCCCAAGUUGGAUCCCUGGGUUGGGAAGACCCUUUGGAGAAGGGAAUGGCUACCCACUCUAGUAUUCUUGCCUGGAGAAUCCCAUGGACAGGGAAGCCUGGUGGGCUACAUACAGUCCAUGGGGCAGUAGAGAGUCAGGUACGACUCACACUUUCACUUUCUUUCCACAGCUGUGGGGAUGCAAUGAGGCCACGGAGGGGAUGUGCCCCUGAUGUAACACGACUUCUGAUGGAUUUAAUUCCGGUAGAGUCAAAGGGCUUAAAAGAUGUUCUAGGCUGCUGGUUCUUAAAUUGGAAUAUGCAUCCGAUUACCUGGAAGCCCACAUGGCUGGGCUCCCCUCAGAGUUUUGACUCUGUAGGUUUGGACGGGGGGGAUGUGUAUUUCUAGCCCAGCUCCCAGGUGAUGCUGGUGGGACCGCCCUUGCAGAACCCCUGCUGUGGUCCACGCACAGCUCUCAGUGUUGAUCACAACUGAUCUGCUCUAGACCCGUGAGAUGCUCCAGCAUGUCGAGGGUCUCCCGCAGACAGAUCACACAGCCCUCUCGUGGGCCAUUUCUGGCGUCAGGAGCUUGUGCGCUGAGCGUUGCACAAAAUUAGAAGUGAUGCUAGGAGAUAUUCCCUUCUGGGAACCCCCUCCACACAUGGAACGAAGCAGCUGCAGCCUGAUGAGGCCUCCCUGUGGGUGAGUGUGUGGGUCAUUAGUUCCUCAUGACCAGUGUGCACCUUAUCUUGUAGGUUAAAUACACACAGUGUGGACCCUCCAAAAGCCACCCAGGAGCUUCGUGGAAAUGGUCAUCCUUAAAUACAUGCCUGCCAAACAAUCCAGCUAGUCCUUCCCUAGGUAUUUUCCCAAGAGAAAAGCAUACACACAAGUAUAAAAAUGUGUACGUGAAUGUUCAUGGCAGUGUAUUUGUGAUUGUUGCAGACUAUAGAUAAACUGAAUGUCCAUCACCAAUUGACAGAUCGCAGGAUGUUCUACCCUGGGAUACUACUCAGCAAUAAAUGGGGUUGGAUUUUCAGUGUGGGCACAACCACAUGAUGAAUGUUAGAACUGUGCAGAGUGAGCAAGGUCAGAGAAAACCAAGUAUGUACCUGUGGUCUACUCAUGUAACAUAGUAGAAGUGUAAACUGUAGUGGCAGAAAGGUCAGUGGUUGCCAGGAGAUGGGGAUGGGUGGGGAGUGGGGAGGAAACUUGGGGUGGUGGAUACAUUGAUUGUCCUGAGGGUGGUGACGGUUUCACAGGCAUUAUAUGUUUUUCAUACAUCAGAUUGUGUACUUACAUACAUAGGCAGUUUACUGUGUGUCAGUAUAAACUCACUGGACUGUAGCCCGCCAGGUUCCUCCAUCCAUGGGAUUCUUCAGGCAAGAAUACUGGAGUGGAUUGCCAUUUCCUUCUCCAGGAGAUCUUCCUCACCCAGGGUUUGAACCUGGGUCUCCUGCGCUGCAGACAGACUGUUUACCAUCUGAGCCACCAGGGAAGCCCUAUAAACUCAGUAGCACUGUCUUAAAAGCCUGCUGCCCUCCAUUCAAAAGGGAUGGGAUGGGGAGGGAGGUGGGAG